AACGACGAACGAUCGAUUGGCGCUGUAUUUGAUGGUAGUGGUGGCCGCCGAGGAGAACAAGAAAGGUACGGUGAAAAGUGACAAGUAGAUAGGGGGGGAGAAAGAGAGAGAGAGAAAGAGAGAGAGGGAGGGAGAGAGAGGAAAAGCACUCUACACGUUAUCUCUCUCGCUUCCUUUCUCGCGUUCUUUACGCAACGACGUCGCAGUGUAUAUUACGAAUAUACUCGAGUGGUUAGAGAAUGAUGAAAAGGGAUAGAAAGAGAGACAACGCAAAGUGCACAGCGAAAGUUGCAAUGCGAAAUACAUAGAUGAUUUAACUUGUAAGCUAGGUACGCUAGAAAAAACCGCAAUUGUCGUCGCAUUGUCAUCGCACUGUCAUCGCAUUGUCAUCGCAUCAACGAUGGCCAUCAUUUCCGCAUAGUUCGAAAGGAUCAUGAAGGAAAAACAAGAGGAAAUUACUCCGGCCGGUGGUUCACGCCCUUGCGGCUUUUUUUCCGUCCGCGAGAAAGCGAUAACAAUAACUACGAUUGCAACUACAAUUGCAACUAGGAUUGCGAGUACGACGUUUGAGUAGCAACGAUUCCUCGAAUUUACCUUGUUGGCUCAAUAAUUACUGUACUGUAUCAUCUCUCUCACUCUUCACUCUCACUCUCGAAACACACGACACGCAGCACACACAGCACACACCUACCACUUCCUUUACCCUGAUUCCCCACCAUCCACCUGCAACCUAUCCCAUUCCUUCUAUCGACGGUGCUCUCUCUCAACUAGCCAAUGUCGAGGCGCGUAUUUUGUUCGCGUUCGUGAAUUUGUUGAAAGUGUGUGUACGUGCGUGCGUACGUGCGUGCGUACGUGCGUGCGUGCGUGCGUGCGUGCAUGCGUGCGUAAGUGCGUGGGUGCGUGCGGCGCGUGCGUCGUCCUGGCCGUGAUCGAAGCACGCGUGUCGAUGACGAGUCGCGCGCAAUUUUUCAAAGUGAGAAAAACGUUAUCUUCGUAUCGACGCUGGUCGAACGUGCUGCAUCGUCUUUGAAGUGUCGCGCGAGCGAGAAAAUGUUCAAUUUCAUGAAGAAGGCCACGGAGAAGGACGACAAGGAGAAGAGAAAGAGGGAAAAAAAGGAAAGGAAGGAUGUCAAGAAAAGGGAUCGAGGGAGUAUGUCUGCUGAGGAACUUUUACGGCUCGAUGAGGUUCGAAGAUCUCUGAAGAUACCAGGACGCAGAAAGGAAAAGGAAAAACUACCUAGCGGUAUAACAGCCGAUUAUAGUGCGUCUUUCUUUGCUCAUUUGGAUCGGAAUCUAUUGGAGAACGCGCAGAACACGACGGGUGGAACAGGAAAUACUACUGCGUUGGGCGGUGGUACAGGCUCGAGUUGGACAAUGAGAACGCCUGAUGGUUUGACACAAAGCGAUUCGUCGGAGACAUCGUUGACCUCUUUGAGUACAACGACGACGACGACGAACGCCGGUGUCAAAAAUCUCCCUCCCCUUCCACCGAAACCACCAAAAAGAGGAAUAUUAAAAGGACCAAGAUUAAGUAUAACCAGUGGCACCAUCAAUGUCCUUUCGGAAGAAGUUGUUUUACCGAAUGGGAAUGAAGCUGGUUACCAAGAGGCUAGUAAUUUGUUGGUGAGGAACACUUUGCAGAACGAAGUGAUAGCCUAUCAGAAUGUACCUCCUACGCACUCACCAAGCUUAGGUGCAAUGGCUAUUGGUCUUUCAAAGGACGAAAUUUGCAGUCCCUCCGAGGAGGACGCUCAAUCUUGGCGAGUAUCUUCUCAACAGGUUUCUCUUCAUCAUCAACAUUUAUACCACCAUCAAGCAACGCAGCAUCUUCAACAACAGCAGCAGCAGGAACAGCAACAUCAACAGCAGCAGCAGCAUCAACAGCAACAGCAUCAUCAACAACAGCAACAUCAUCAUCACCAUCAUCCGGUCGAGUCAAAGUUACUGCAGGUGGUAACGAGCGCCAGUCCGUCGGCCGAUUCCUUGACGGACACGACUAAUUCGAGUUUUGCUACUCCACCGUUCAGUCUUUCGCCAGUUGGCGAAUCUCAGGGUUUCUCUAGAUGGCGAUCUUCUGCUUCUUUCGAGGAACAGGGAGUCGAACUUCAAUUACCGGAAAUCGUUCCUCUCGAACUUCCGGAACCACGAGAGCUAACGAUCCAAAGACAGCCACCUCCUCGCAACGAUUUUGGUUUUUCCCUUCGUCGUGCUGUUGUCGUCGAACGAGCUGCCAAUGGUGUUACGCAAAUGAGACCUGUUAUUUUCGCUGAACCUGGUACUCUAGUCCAGCAUAACAACGAUACUGGUCUUCUGCCAGGUGACCGACUUAUCGAAGUUAAUGGAAUCAAUGUUGACGAUAAGUCUAGGGAAGAGAUUAUAGAUCUGAUCAAAGGAUCUGGCAGCAGUGUCACGGUCAAGGUGCAGCCAGUCGCGGAAUUAUCCGAACUUUCGAGACGAGGUGGAAGCGAUGGACAGCAAGUCGAGCUGGCACCUGCGAAUAUUCGCGGUGGCACGCUCCGUCGAUCCGGUAGCCUGCGGUUUCAUCACAAUACGGCGCGAUCGGAAGAGCAUCUAGCACAGGAACAGGCAUGGCUAACUUCCGAAAGAAUCUGGUUAUUACACCGAGCCGGUUUUACUCCGGCUAUGCGUUGUGGUUCAGCAGAUCCAGACACUGGAAAGUUGCGAAUAUGUUUGACAACUUCUGGCGAGGAACUCCUCGUCGACGAGGAAGAUGUCGAAAAGGCUAAUCCUCCACAAUUUGAUAAGGCCGAGGAAUUGUCUCAAUUGCGAUUUCUCAAUGAGUCCUCUGUUUUACAUAUACUGAGACAACGUUAUGCUAGUAAUUUGAUUCACACUUAUGCUGGCGACAGCAUGCUUAUCAUAAAUCCUGUAGCGCCGUUGGCAAUAUAUUCGGAGAAGGUCGCUCAUAUGUUUCGAGGCUGCAAGAGCGAAGAUAUGCCGCCUCACAUAUAUGCUAUGGCACAAUCGGCGUACAGAGGGAUGUUGGCUACUCGGAGAGAUCACUCUCUUGUUUUUCUCGGUCGUAGCGGCGCCGGAAAAACUACAAAUUUCAAGCACGCGCUGCAUUAUCUCGUACUCACUGCAGGCACUGUGAAUAAGAUAUUAACCAUAGAGAAGUUGAAUUCCUUGUUCACCGUACUUGAAGCCUUUGGAAACAGUCGGACACAUAUGAAUUCGAAUGCAACGCGUUUUACGCAACUUUUUAGUCUGGACUUCGAUCAGUCUGGACAAAUUGCUUCGGCGUCGCUUCAGGUGCUGCUUUUGGAAAAAUCGAGAAUAGGUAGAAGAGCAAACGGUGAUCCAACAUUUCAUGCUAUUUAUCGUCUACUAGCAGGCGCAGAAGGUGCCCUAAGAAAGGAACUUCACUUGACGAAUCUAGUCGCCGAGAACAAUCCAUUCGUCACACCUCUGCAAAAGCACGAGGACAAACAACGUGCCAUGGUGGAGUUCAAUCGUAUCAUCGCUGCUUUCAGGAUAUUAGGGGUUUCUGAGACCGAUGAGAAAGUCAUUUGGCUGGUAUUAGCUGGGAUUUACCAUCUAAGCUGUGCCAGUGCAGUCAAGGCCGGUACAACGUCACAAAGUCGUUGGCAAUUUGCGAGAGUGGAAUGUGCAGAAAAAGCAGCUAAUUUGUUGGGUACGUCGGUGGAGGAAUUAAGUAGGAUAAUAUUUUCCUCUAACGGAGGCGGUGCUGGUACACCAAACACCCCGAGGCCAGCUUUAAGAACGCCCAGUCCAACCGAACAAAGCAGAGAUGUUACUGGACUCGAUGCUCUCGAGGGUCUCCUUAUUGGCCUUUACUCGGAAGUCUUUCAUUGCGUUGCAGCCCUUAUUAAUAAAUCUAUAUCAUCGUCAAUGCACACAGUAUCCUCUCUUUUGUUGUGCGACUCUCCUGGUUUUCAAAAUCCCGCCUCGUGUGGCAGACAAACUGGAGCAUGCUUCGAGGAUCUCUGUCAUAAUUAUCUGCAAGAACGUUUGCAAUUACUUUUUCAUCAUACGACAUUGGUAGCACCGAAAGAUAGAUACGUUCAGGAAAGUAUUGAUGUUGAUUACGAGGAUGAUUACGACGAAGAUGGAAUUGGAUCUCCGCAAAGUUUGGUCUCUCUUUUGGACAGGGCAAGUUCUCAGAGUGCUACAAUGUUACGUACGAGCCAAAGCGAUUUAAGUGCUAGCAGACAAAUGGAACGGAAAGGUUUACUUUGGUUGUUGGACGAGGAAACUGUUUGCCCGGGUGGUAGCGAUGAAACUUUCUUGGAUAGACUUUUUUCUUAUUACGGAGACAGGGAUCAUCAAAUGCUUUUGAGAAAGGCACCGGGUAACAAUCAAUUCGUACUUCAACAUUUGUUAGGUACUAAUCCUGUUUUGUAUACUGCAACUGGUUGGUUGAAGGCUACGCGAGAAAAUUCUGUGGCCAAGAGUGCAAUUACGAUUCUCCAAGAGAGCUCAAGAGAAGAUGUUAGUAUGCUAUUCGUAAGUGCACGAGGUGCUGGUGUUUCCGGUGCUUUAUGCGGUUCCAUGCCUGGUUUGGAAGGGUCCCAAUCUUUAAGAAGAGCUUCGAGUAUCCGAAGAACAUUCACGGCAGUUAAAAGGAAAAAUAUUUGUUUGCAAGUUAAAUUUACAGUUGAUGGCCUUAUCGAGACCCUUCGUCGGACUCGACUGAAAUUUAUCCAUUGCCUUCUACCACAACAUAAUGCCGGUUGUACCGACAAUAAAAGUUUACUAUCCGUAAAAUCUAAUCAAAAUGAAGAUAGUGUUAUAAACGUGCCUCUUUUACGAUCACAGAUUCGCGGAAGUCAGAUAAUAGAUGCUGUACGUUUACAUAAGGUCGGCUUCCCAAAGUAUAUGGCCUUAGGCGAAUUCAGACGUCGAUUUGCUUUAUUAUCCAGCGACGCAAAUGCUCGACCUGGCAGCCCCGUUGCCGAUGAACGUCGCGCGGUCGAGGACAUGCUUCUAACCGUUGACGUUGAUCCCGCCUCUUAUCGCGUUGGCCAGAGUCAGAUAUUCUUCAGAUCUGGGACUUUAGAAAGAUUAGAAGCUCAGAGAGACGAUAAGCUCACGGGACAUAUAAUUCUCCUUCAAGCUCGAUGCAGAGGAUACCUUGCUCGUAGAAAACUUAACACAUUGAAGCUGCAAGACCUCGCGGUGAGAUGUAUUCAAAGGAAUGUAAGGAAGCUGAUGUCUGUGAGAGAAUGGCCAUGGUGGAGAUUAUACGUGAAAGUCGCACCUCUCUUAAAUGUUCACCGGACCGAGGACCAACUAAAGGCGAGAACGGAAGAAUUGGAGGUUCUUCGGGCGAAAGUCGAAAGACUGGAACAGGAACGGAAUCAUUUAAAACACGAUAACGAUAAACUCGAGGCAAAGCUUAGUGAAAUGACGGCUGAUUUUGCGGAAGAACAUUCGACAUCCACGUUAGCAGCCGAAAGAAUCGACGCCGAAACAUCGGAACGUUUGAGAUUGGAACGAGAACUUCAGGAUGUUACCGAAGCUAAUAAGAAUCUUCAGCAGACUACCGAAAGACUUGAAAUGGAAUUAUUGUAUGCAAGAGCAGCUGAUUUAAACGGUGUUGCUUCGGAUGGGGAAGAUGUCGAAGAUGGUGGUGUCUAUAGACAACGCUACGAACAUGCUGUCCGUGAACUCGAAUUUACUAAAAGAAAAAUGGCUCAACAGCACGAGGACGAUCUAGAACAAUUGGUUGGUUUGAAGAAGCAAUUGGAGAAAAAGCUGGCCGAUGCCUAUGAAGAAGUUGAAGAACAACGUCAGGUUGUAGGUCAAUGGAAACGUCGAGUUCAAAAGUUAAACGGCGAAAUGCAUGAUCUAAGAUUGCUCUUGGAAGAGCAAACAGCUAGAAACAACCUUUUGGAGAAGAAACAACGCAAAUUUGAUUCGGAAACGCAAAAUUUGAUGAACGAUCUUAGACAAGAAAAAGCUCAACGAGAGAGAUUGGCGAGAGAAAAAGAAAUCGCAAUUGCUGAGAAAUUUACGAUAGAGCAAAACUUGAGUGACGCAAAAUUAGAAAUCGAAUUGAAAGAAGAACGACUUCGUACCUUAAGUCAAGAAUUGGAAGAAUUAACGUUUGGUGGUAAAACAGAAGAAGAGGUUGCUCAAUUAAAGAAAGCGAAGCACGAGUUAGAAAAACGGUCAAAGGAUCAAGAGGAAGAAUUAGAUGAUUUGGCUGGACAAGUACAACUGCUUGAACAGGCAAAAUUGAGACUUGAAAUGAGUAUAGAACAACAACGUAAAGAGAUGCGGAAAGAAAUGCAACAACGUGACGAAGAAUUGGAAGAUGUACGUGGGAACGCGCUUAAAAAGGUAAAGGCUUUGGAAUCUCAGUUGGAGAACGAGCAUGAGGAGCGAACGAUACUUCUUCGCGAGAAACACGAAUUGGAACGACGAUUGGUAGCCAUAGAAGAACAGGAUAGGGCCGAUCGUGCUGCGGACGCCGAAACGACACAAAGAUUAAAAAGAGACUUAAAGAGAACAAGAGCAUUACUUAGAGAUGCCCAAACAAUGCUGGAAAGAUCGAAAGGGGAUUCGACUGGUAAAGCAGCUUUAAGACAAUUAAAGAACCAAUUGGAAGAUGCUGAAUGUGCCAGAGCAGCGGCUGCCAAAGCUAAACAAGCCUUAGAACAGGAGUUGAACGAAACGCAAGCUACUUUGGAGGAAGCUACUAGACAACGUUCCGAAGCCGAGGAUCGUGCUAAUGCUGCUAAUCGCGAACGAUCGGAGCUUCUCUCUCAACUCGAAGAAAAUGAGGAAGAACUCGCUGAAGUAUUAAAAAAGUAUCGAGCUGCUGUUCAACAAGUUUCCAUGGAGCAGGCACAAUUGCAAGAAGCUCAAGUACAGAUAGCAGCUCUAGAAGCAGAAAAGUCAUCGUUGAAAGAUCAGCUAUCAGAAUUGAGUCAACGAUUGGAAUCCGUAGAACAACUAGGUGAUCCAACUGCAAAUAGUCUUGCUACGAGACGAUUAGAGUUUCGCACUAAAGAACUGGAAAGUAAAUUAGAGCUUGAACAAACAACGAGAGCUCGUUUAGAGACUCAAAUAGCACGACUCAAGGAGAGCGUUGAAAAGCUUCAAACAGAAACGGCUUUGCUGAGAACAAAAGAACAAACGGCACAGGAUACAACAAGAAGAUUGCAAAGAUCGUUGCGAGACGCUCGUGAAGAAGCAAACUCUGCUUUAGCUCGCGAGCAAGAAGCGACGCGUGCUAGACGAGAGCUAGAAAAAUCUCUAGAAGCUGCUGAAGCUGAAACUAAACUCGCUCGGGAUGAUCUGAGAUUAGCACUUCAAAGAAUAGACGAUUUACAGAGUGCUAUACAGGGUGAACUCGACUUAGAUUGUAGUGAAGAAGCGACCAGUGAAAACAGCGACAGCGAUUGAUCCAGAGCAACCUCGGACCUAGAGUCCGAAAGAGAUGAAGUAGAAAUCGUCGAAAGAAAAGAAGCAUCAUCAUCUAAUAAUGAGACAGCGAUCGAAGAAAAUUGUCCUAACACAAGUUUUUAGAUAUACGAACGAAGAUUAAUUGUGAAUAAAAUGAAUUCAAGUACAGCGUUGUGGAUGGAAAAAUAAAAAAAAAAAAUGAAAUAUCAAAGAAAGGAAACUAUGCUGACAUAUGUGACUAAAAAGAAGUCGAU